AUGCGACCAGAGGCUGCAGGGGGUGUUCGACAGCCAGCGGCUGCUGGCAGCGCAGAUCGACGGCCUCGCAUCGCAGCUCGACAAGUUCAACGCGGUGAGCCGCACCCCGGCCCUGUCGCCCCACAUCGACAAGCUCCUACGCGCCAAGGCUCGCAUGGUCGUAAUCAACACCACCCUCGCCAACAUUCAGCACCGACUCGUACGCAUCCAACGCGAACACGCCCCCGCCCCGCGUCCCUUUGCCGAAGGCGUUGCCCCGACUUCUACCGCCUCUCCAUCAUCAACUCCAUUUCCAUCUUCGCCAUCUUCAUCUUCAUCUCAGCCUGCGCCAACCCCGCCCCCAGCAGCAGCUCCUCGACCAGCACUUCAACAGCUCCCGCAGCAGCGGCAACCCAGCCGGCUGGGGCCGGCGGCGGCGGCGGCGUGAUGUCGUCGUGGCUCAACAAGGCCAAGGCCGCGCUGGUCGAGGCUCCCGCGUCGCUCUCGAACUUGGCCGGUCCGUCCUCCACCACCGCUCAGCCAGCUGCGGCCACCACCACCGCGCCCUCGCCUUCAGCAGGCCUCGAGCAACAGCCGCCCUCGGCUGCUGAACCGAGCGCAGCGCAGGAGGCCGAGCCUGCGGAGGCGUCAAGCGCUGAGCCGACCAACGAACCAGCACAGGAGGAGGAGCAACAGCCGCAGCCCGAGGAAGAGGCCGACAAGACAUUGGCAGCCGCUGAAGCUGACGAAGUGGUCGCGCCAGCGGAGGAGGCUUCCACCACCGAGUCCCAGCCCACACCCGCAGCCGAGUAA